AAUGUUACUGUAAAACAUGGCUGGUGCGCUCCUCGGCAGGUUUCUGCUUUUGACACAGUUAUGCACUUAUGCAAGAGCGACAAAAUUUUGCCGCGAAUCCCAUGGGAUGACGCAUAACAACGAAGUUUUAAUCGGGCAUUCUUACAAAUCGCUACUAACACGGGGGAUUUUUGGUUGUGGGCAUGAGUGCUUGGCCAGUCUAAAGUGUACAUCCUAUAACUAUCAAACAUCAGCGGUUGGACGAGGCAUCUGCGAGCUUAAUGACGGUGAAUUUAGUGGCAAAAGACAUUUGGUAAAGAAACAAGGCUUUGUUUUCGUUCAAGUGAAAUGGAAACAGAGACCCAAAAGUUGCUGGGAGGCCUGGAAACAAGGGGCAAGAACAUCGGGAUACUACUUCAUUCAGGGGAGGACGGAGUGUCUCUUUUACGAAAUGUACUGCGACUUCAGUUCAGAACCCGGUUGGGCCUGGACUCUGGUCAUGUCACAGAGCUUGAGCAGUAGGAGCAAAGCUUUUGCGAAGGAUUCAUUCUUACGAGGACCUUUUGAAAACCAGCAGUAUCCAAACUGGGAAAACUACAGAAUUGGCAACAGUCGAAUGAAUAUUGUGCGAGCGCAGUCCAGCCACUGGCGAGUCACAUGUGAUUUCCCAUCUUAUGGUGUCGAUUACAGAGAUUACGUCAGGGUCGCUUUUGAAAAAAUAAAUCCGAUGAAAUACGAGGUCAGUGGGGGAUGCCGAGAAGUGGAAUACAUCAACAUCCGAGGGCAUAACUGUACAAAAUGCAAAGCUGGCUGGUGGCAAACAGACACUCAAUUUCUGACGCACUUUAGUGAUAAGGAUAUUUGCCAGUUCGGCAAGACACUGGGUUUCCUUGACAACGAGGCCAACUUUGGCGGCUAUUGGAAGAACAAUGUUAGCUCUGAGUUUCGGUGUUCAUCAGUGAACACGUCCACCACCAAUCAUUGGUUCGGAGGUAAAGUAUAGGCGAUGACAAGAACAUUAAAAAUCGCCAAAGACAACUUCAAAAACAACGACAGCGACACCUUUAAACACAAACAACGCUUAGUAGCGAUAAAGAAAAUGUAGCAAUUUUUAUGCGUCCAGAUCCCUCGUGAUUUUAUUAAUAACGACCACAACGAUUUUCAGGUAAUUUAGUGUUAACAACUGGGUUGAAAACGUAAAUUAGCCACCGUAAAGGGUAAAAAAAGCUGACGUUUCGAGCGUUAGCCCUUCGUCAGAGCGAUUGAGCAAUCUGCUAUACCUGCUAUACUCUCCCACCGACGCAGCACCACAGUUUCUUUAGAAACUUACCCCUUUACAACGAUUUUCAUACGAUGAUUUAUCCGGUAAUUGAAGUUGUUGUUUCUUACAAGAUAGCCUUAGAUUCUUUCGCCAAAAUAAAACUCGGCAAAUGUGAAAAAACGCACAUGGCGCGGGACACUGCGUCCUUGUCAUUUUGUCAGUGGUAUUAUAACCUAUAUGUAAAUGUAAAGAAUUAUACAUACUGCUAGC